AUGGAUGAUAGUAAGAAAGCACUUCGGCCAAUGUUGGUUGAUAAUCCAGUAGCUCUCAGGGGUACCAAACUUUUCAAACCUAUUAAGGUUGGUGGACUGGUUCUCAACCAUCGCCUUGUAAUGGCACCCUUGACAAGGUUAAGGGCACCCAAUGGAAUACCACAUGAAGAUUGGAUGACGACCUACUAUGACCAAAGAUCCAAAAGAACCGGUAGUUUGAUUAUUACUGAAGGUUCAGUACCACAACCACAAUUUGGUGGGCUAGAUAACGCACCAGGUCUAUGGUCCCCAGAGCAGAGGCGAGCAUGGACUAAAGUGAUCCGAAGGAUUCAUGGUAAUGGGUCCUACGUCUUCAUACAACUAUGGAGUAUGGGUAGCCAAGCCGAUCCGCUCAUUUUAGCUAAAGAUGGUUUGCCUUACGUUUCUGCUACUGAUGAAACCUACGUGAGUGAAGAACUGAAAGAGAAGGCCCUUAAGGCAGGAAAUCCUCAACAUGGAUUAACUCAAAGAGAAAUCCAAGAGUAUGUGUCAGGUUUCGUGGAAGCAUCUCAAAGAUGCAUUGAGAUGGGUGCUGAUGGUGUUGAAAUACAUGCCGCCAAUGGGUACCUUUUGAAUCAAUUUUUAGAUCCAUCUUCUAAUAAAAGAGUUGAUACAUAUGGUGGAUCUAUUGAAAAUCGAUCAAGAUUUCUAUUACAAGUGGUAGAUGCAGUCGUUGAUCGAGUAGGCUCAUCUAAAGUUGGUAUUCGAAUUUCACCUUUUUGUAAUUUUGGAUCCAUGUCAGAACUCGAUAUACCCACACUCUCAUCACAGUAUACUCAUUUGUUGGGUCAGCUAGAGGAAAGAGCUCGCAGUGGCCGUAGAUUAGCCUACGUUCACAUAGUAGAUCCUCAUCAGAGAAACCUCAACGAUUUUGUGUAUACUGUUUGGAAGGGGAUUGUAAUUCGUGCUGGUGGGUUAGCUACAAGACCACAGGUAGGGGUGAAGCUAGUUGAAAACGAUAGAACGAUUUUAAGUUAUGGUCGUUAUUUUACAUCGAAUCCAGAUUUAGUGGAUAGAAUCGAGAAUGGUUGGCCGUUUACACCCUAUGACCCCGACACUUUUACUUCAGGUGGAUCUGGUGGGUACAUAGAUUAUCCUCCAUGGGAAUUACAAAAGACGUUAAUAUAA